CUCCAACAAAACCAAACAACAAAAUAAAUAAAAGUGAAAAAUAAGAAAAUAAAAACAAGCCUCAGAAAGAAAGAAAGCAAGCAAAAAAGGAAAGAGAAACAAAAAAAAAAUGUCAGUGGCAUCUCCAUUCCCUUGCAUCAAAAUCUCAACUUCAUCAUCUUCCCCAUCUUCUUCACAUUCUUCUUCUUCUUCUAAUCAUCAUUCUUUUAAGCUCUCUCCUUCAGCCAAGCCUUAUUAUGUAAAAACCAUAAGGAGCUCUCAAACUGAAGGACCUAUAAGAAGACCUGCAGCUCCUUCUCUUAGAGAACCCUCCCCACCUUCUUCUCCUCUCAAACCAACACCUCCUUCUCCUCAGGCCCCUCCGCCGCCUCAGCAGCAGCUUUCGAAGCCAGCUCCGGUUUCCGGGCUGACCAUGGUGGAGGAUAAUAAGAAUGUGGUGACCUUGGAGUUUCAGAGGCAGAAGGCUAAGGAGAUUCAGGAGUACUUCAAGCAGAAGAAGCUUGAAGCUGCCAAUCAGGGCCCAUUCUUUGGCUUUGUUGGGAAGAAUGAGAUUAGCAAUGGAAGAUGGGCAAUGUUCGGUUUUGCUGUUGGAAUGCUAACAGAGUAUGCAACUGGCUCAGACUUUGUUGAUCAAGUAAAGAUCCUUCUCUCGAAUUUCGGAAUACUAGAUCUGGAAUGAUACACUGCCAGGAGGGUAAAAGCCAUCAACUCUUUCCUGUUGCUGGAGCUUCUGUAGACACAUUCAGUGUUUCCCUUGUAACUUUGUUGAGUAACUUGUUUUAAUUUCGUUUGUGAGAAAUACUUUAUUGUCAGAAGCUGUAUUUUCACUAUAUUCUUUACCAAGAUUUCAAGGAUAGAAGAAGUUUGUGAAGGCUCGUUCGAUAACGUUUUUGUCUUUUGUUUUCUUUUUGUAAAUUAAAGAGAGCAAGGAGAAAGAUAUGGGAGAAAGGAGAGAGGGAGAUGAGAGAUUAGAGAGAUGCAGAAGAGAGGAGGGAGAUUACAGGAGACUAUAAAAGGAAAUCAUUUGAUAUUCUUUCCCAUAUCCUGCCCUCUUCCCAUUUUCCUCUUCUGUUUUCUUCUCUAUCCUUAAAUAAAAAGCCACAGAAAACAAAAAACAAUAACGUUAUCAAACGAGCCUUGUACACUUUGAUCAA